AUGCAGAGAAGCAAGCCAAAGAGUAUUAGGUUUGAACUUCUAAAGCAAUUUACAAAAACUGGAAACAGAAUAAAAAAAUCUGAGUCAGAAAUUAAAAAACCGGAGAAAAUCCUUAAUAUUUUCUUCAAUAAAUUCUAUAAUCUCGUCAGAUCGUUUUGGAAAAAAUGCAGCAGUCCAGAAUACGAUCGAGUCAAAGACUUGGCUGAGCCAGAAGUGUGGGAUCAGCUAUUUCUUUCCUGCCAUUGGUCAAAGAAGUUUGUCCACAAGGAAGAUAAAAUUUUUUACAACUUGGAUAGCCAUAAAGCCCAAUUUUCAAUCAAGAGUUGUAAUUUUCUAAUGACUCAAUUCCUCUGUUUAUCAACUAUCCUGCAAGAGUAUGGGAAGAUAUUAUCAGAGAAAACAGAGGAAGCUUUGGAGUCAUUAUUUAAUUACAGAUGUCUUAAAACCCAUAAAUCCUCAGGAAAUAGCAAGAAUUUAUGGGUUUUGUUAAUCAUGGACUUGGCUUACAUAGGAAAAGAAGUAGAAAGAAGUCAAAACUUAGAACUUGCUUAUGGAUUUCUAAGUACAAUUUUAGAAGAAAACAGCCAGAAGCAAACUACACAAGAGGAGCAAUGCAUUUCUGAUCAAUACAAGCAAAAUUUAUAUGAGACAUUGUUUGAAUAUGAAAAAAGUUCAUAUGAUCAGGAAUUGCUGUCAACUCUUGACACAUUAGGCGAUAAUGAUGGAAAAUUUCUUGUAAGCAACAUCGAGCCAUUUUGUGAUUUAUCACCACCAGAUUGUCUCGAUAAUUAUGAGUUUGAUAGCGAUUAUUAUCUUUAUUAA